AUGAAGUCGCUUGUGGCGUUCUUUGCAAGCAGAGGAGAGGCUCCCCUUUUCUUGGAGACGGUCCCUAAGCAAGCCGAGGCGGAGAGGCAAAUGGCGGGUCUGGGGGAGCACACUGAGAUCGAGGUUCUUCCUCUGCCUGCGGAGAGGCUAAAAGAAGCCCGAGUAUACUUUCGGAAGGCAUUCGACGAGUCUGAGGGGUUCUGGCAAAGUCACAAGACUGUGAUCGAGGCGAAGGGACGCCAGGGCGUCCGCGCGGCUAUCCCGAAGGGAUUCCCAUACAUUUACGUUGACUUUUCCCUGGAGGAUGGGCUAGCCCACGUGAUCGAAGAUGGAGAGGAAGCGUACAAGUCGAACAUUGAACGUCUAAAGCGCGACUAUGCCCCAUAUGACUGGACGCAAGCGCAGCCUGUGCACUUCUCUGGGGGGAGAAGAGGGCUGGCGGGGAGGGUGCUUUGGCCGUCGCCGUUGCAAGCUCCCUUGCAAGACUCCCCCAGUGAUUCUGAAGAUAGCUCGUUGAGAGGGCCUUGUUUGCCUCUGAGAGGUAGGGGGAGGGGGCCUUACGCAACUCAGACUGCGUGCUCUCGGGCACCUCUAGUAGGGCUUCUGGCCGUGCCAAAGCUUUUAAGACAAUGCAGUGCAGGCUUUUUUGGUAGAAGCCGAUGUGUAGUGUCUGUCACUUGUAUACGUCCUCCACCCACCGAGAGAGCUCUAGUGCACUGA